GGGAAAGUGUGUGAUUACCAUAAAAGAAUUGAAUCGAGCUGCGAGAGGCGGAAAAACAUUAUAAAAUAGGGCAAAAGCUUCCGAGGAAAUUUGUAGCCGAGAAAAGCUAAAAAGCUUGAAAAGACUUUAGCUUCACUAAAACCCAAAAAAGAGAUCUCUGUUUUAUUGGUUCUUUCUCGCUUUCAAGAGCUGUUUUUUUUAGCUUUCACGCUCAAAAGUUUGAAACUUGUUGUUCCGUUCUGGGUGGGUGUUCCAUCUUUUUCAUCUUUUGGGUGUACUUCAAUUGUGAGAGAACAGAUGAAGGUUGAGGACAAGAAAAGUGGCCUCGUGAACGAAGAUGGGAAGGACCGAUUUCCGGUCGGUAUGCGAGUUCUGGCCGUUGAUGAUGAUGCGUCUUGCCUUAAAGUGUUGGAGGGUAUGCUUCGGAAGUGCAGAUAUCAAGUUACUACGACCAAUGAGGCGGUCAUGGCACUGAACAUGCUGAGGGAUAAAAGGAACAAGUUUGACCUGGUGAUUAGCGAUGUGAACAUGCCUGACAUGGAUGGUUUUAAGCUUCUAGAGCUUGUGGGUCUUGAAUUGGAUCUGCCUGUCAUCAUGUUGUCCGGGCAUGGUGAUACUGAACUUGUCAUGAAGGGAAUCACUCAUGGCGCUUGUGACUAUCUGUUGAAACCUGCCAGAAUGGAGGAGCUCAAAAACAUAUGGCAACACGUAGUGAGGAGAAAAAAGUUCGAACCUAAGGAAAGAAGCAAAUUUGCCGAUGUAGUCAAGCCUUUGGAUGGAUCCGGGGCUGGUGAGUAUGGACCUGUAUCAACCAGUAAUGUAGAUCCAAAUGGAAAGCCCAACAAGAAAAGGAAGGACCAGACAGAAGAUGAGGAAGAAGACAGUGAAGAGAAUGGAAACGAGAAUGAUGACCUGUCAACCCAAAAAAAGCCUCGAGUUGUUUGGUCUGUCGAUCUGCAUCGCAAGUUUGUUUCCGCUGUUCACCAAUUAGGCUUUGAAAAGGCUGUCCCUAAGAAAAUCCUGGACUUGAUGAAUGUUGAAGGCAUUACAAGGGAAAAUGUGGCCAGUCACCUACAGAAAUAUCGACUUUACCUGAAAAGAAUCAGUAACGGGGCAAGCCAGGCUGAAUUUGGAGAUUUUCAUCCAUUAACUGGAUCGGGAAGGCUUUCUAGCGCAUCUUAUCCUGCAGGCGGGAUGCUAGGUAGGCUAAGCACACCAGCUAGUUUAGGGUUGCGGGGGAUCACAUCCUCCGGAGCGUAUCGGACAAACCAUAUGCAAAAAUUUAGCAGCUCAAUGAAUGCUGUUGGGACGACCCGAACUGCCAAUCCAUUUCAAGGAAUUCCGACAUCUCUGGAGCUAAACCAGUUGCAGCAGGCAAAUGUGAAGGCCCAUGUAGGAGAGUUCACUAUCGAUAAAAGGAAUGCUAGAGUUGCCACUAACCUCUCAGAUGCCCGGGCAGUGACUGGUGUCUCCAGCAAUUCUCUAUACAAUAGUCCAAGAAGCAAUCAGGGAUUCUUGCAGGGUAAUCAAGUACAAACUCAAGACAUUGGAGGUUUUGUAUCCGGACCCUACUUUGUCGAUAAAAGUAGGUCAAAUGAUAUGUGGCAUGGUUCUGUGCAGUUGUCCAGUUUUCCCUCUUCAAAUCCUCUGCCACUGAAUGGAACAAUGAAUCUAGAUCAAAGGUCAAUGGGCAGUUCUUCUUCGGUCAACCCGCAAUUUCUUGAAGGCCGAAUUGAGUUCUCAUCAACUGGCACAAUGUCCGGAACCAUGAAUGAUGAUAGAAGUGACAUUAAGUGUGAAGCCGGGUUGGUUAAUAUUGUUCAGAAUGUGAAUUUUGGACCAGUCCAAAGAUGGGAAGAACAAUUCCAGAAUUACAAACAAAAUCUGAGUCAAAACAACGAAAUGAACUGUCUAGUUCCUGCUGGUGGUUCUGCAGGUUCCGUCAGCCAUAUUAUGGGGCAAACUAAUGCACACUUCAGUCCAAAUGCUGAAGUUUCUCUGCCUAGCCUACUAAAUUCAGGUGCACCGUCUGCCGUUUGCCAUGCCGAAGUUGAUAUUUCUUCUAUGGACUCAAUCAUAACAUCUGGUGAAAACAACCCCUUUGAGCAAACAAAGGUGCAGGAUUGUAUCUUUGAUGCUAGUUACGAGUCCCUGGACGAGCUAAUGAAUGUCAUCAAGCGUGAACAUAAUGGUAUGCCGCUGAUGGAUGCAGAUUUGGGAUUUGACCCCUAUCCACUUGGGUCGUGCAUAUAAGAUUUCUCAGCUGCUAAUUUUGUGAAGAGCUCGCAUCAUGCUGUAAUUUAGUUCUUUUUUUUUUCUCCCGAGUAUAGGUUUUUUCUUUGGAGUCUUCCUUGUCUAGAUGUCGGUUAGAAGUUCUGCAAAUCGCAGCUCUGCCUCGUUCAUAUUGUUUGAUCUCUACCUUGUUCAUAACGAAUAAUGGCACAAGAACCUUGCAAUGCUAUGUUUCCA